ACCAACACAAAUCGCGUCUUGACAUGAAAACAGCCGCCUUUCAAGAAGGAGGCUGACUGAGGGAUGAUGCACAAUGCACUCUGAACUGGGUCACUCUCCACCUCAAGGGCUCGGGGUGCAGCUGACUUUCCGUGUGUCCUUGUUCUACAGGCUUCGAGCAUCUCUCGGAGCUCCAGAGGAGAGAGACAUGGGCAACAGCAUGAAAUCCACCCCUGCGCCCCCAGAGAGGCCUCUGCCCAGCACAGAUGGGCUGGAGAGUGAUUUCCUCGCCGUGCUGAGUGACUACCCCUCUCCUGACAUCAGCCCCCCAAUAUUUCGCCGAGGGGAGAAAUUACGUGUGAUUUCUGAUGAAGGUGGCUGGUGGAAAGCCAUUUCUCUCACCACAGGCCGAGAGAGUUACAUCCCUGGAAUCUGUGUGGCUAGAGUGUACCAUGGCUGGCUGUUUGAAGGGCUAGGCAGAGACAAGGCUGAGGAGCUGCUGCAGCUGCCAGACACAAAGAUGGGCUCCUUCAUGAUCAGGGAGAGUGAGACCAAGAAAGGUUUCUACUCACUGUCAGUGAGACACAGGCAGGUGAAGCACUACCGCAUCUUCCGUCUGCCCAACAACUGGUACUACAUCUCGCCCAGGCUCACCUUCCAGUGCCUGGAGGACCUGGUCAACCACUACUCUGAGGUGGCUGAUGGCCUGUGCUGUGUGCUUACCACACCCUGCCUGGCGCAGAACACGCCCUCCCCUGCAGCAAGGGCUCCCAGCUCGCCUGUCAUCUUGCGCCAGAAGACCUUCGACUGGAAGAGGGCAUCCAGACUACGGGAGGGCCCCCAGGGAGCAGGGAACUCGCUUGGGGUUGAUGAAUCCCUUUUCAGCUAUGGCCUUCGGGAAAGCAUCGCCUCUUACCUGUCCCUGACUGGGGACGAGGCCAGCCCUUUGGACCGGAAGAAGAAAAGCAUCUCCCUGAUGUACAGUGGGAGCAAACGCAAGAGCUCGCUCUUCUCUGCGCCACAGUACUUUGAAGAUUAGCCAGAGGACAGGCACCUGGCACUUGCCCACAAGGCAGAGGUCCAAGCUGUCACCUGGGAUCUUGCAAAAGGCUGAGUUCUCUGAUUGCUGGGCACCUCAUGCCUUCCAGAAGCCAAGAGAAGCUAUGUGGAGACUCAGCUCACAUCUUCUCUACCCACAUCAUGACCAAAGAACUCUGCUUGGCACCUUAUCAGUACCGCAACAUCUUGACAGGCUGAAAGGUGACACGAUGGGGCAGUUUCAGAGAGCCCAGCAUGUGAACAUGUGCGCACCAUGUAUGGGAGGGACAUGGACAUGAUCAAAGGAAAGUCCCUCUCUAAUACAUGGCCCAGACACCCUGCCCAAGUCCUGAGGGGAUCUUCUGUCCGAGCAAUGCUGGGAGGAAGACUUACCAAAGGCAGCGGCCCAAAAGGACGGGAUCUGCAGAUGCAGCUUCUGCAUGAACAUGGAGCUGCUUUCACCCGUCUAUGAAGACCUUUGUGACACAGUACACCGCCUCUCUUUUCAAGGGACCCCCAACACUACACACUAGCUCAAAGGUCUUAGUAGCUGUGCGUCAGGAGGAAUCUUUGAUAUCCUCACAUGCCAGUGCUAUGUGGGCAUCAGCCAGCCUCCCUGACUCGUACAAGGGCUAGGCGUUGGGAGAGAGGGGGGCUGCUGGCUGGAAAGAUGGAGGUGACUGGGAGUGUACAAACUUCUGGGGUAGCCCCAGUCACAGCCACAGUGCAGAAGGUGUACUUCAGCUGCCGGGAUGCUUGGUUAUUUGAAUGUCCCUGUUAUUUUAUUCCUUUUUCAUCUUCUGGAGAGAUGCUUUGAGACAUCCUACGUAAGAAUCAGGCCAGAAAAGAAAAAGAAAUAAAACAAAACCCAGACCUCAAUAGAGGUUGUACAGUGGAGACAGGGACAAAAUGUAUAAACAGAUGAUAUAAAAGUGAAUGUGAAGGAAACAAUCACCCACAGCUUAGGAAGGAAUAGGAGGCAGGUGAAGUGACCCAGGAUCUAUAAGGAGUAUGGGAUCAAGUAGGGAAGAAUGGUUAAACUAGGGAAACAAAUUAGUUCUGAAGAAGCAACUCAGCCCAUAUUUUUUUCUAGGGGGAGUCUGGCAUACAUGUGAAUAAAAACUGUGGCACUCCAGGAAGGAGGGGGAGCCGUUAUGGCUCAAUUUUGCUGUGUGUUUGGGUAAUUGUGAGAGAUGAGGGGGAGAACGUGGCACAGGGGAAGCAGGGGUCCAGGCUGGGAAGGGAGCAGCUGCAGAUGAACCAUGACUCACUCCUCCCUGCUUCAGAGGGGUUCUGGGGAGGAGGGGCGCACGCAUAUGCUAUGUUGCAUCUGCUUGCCACUCGCAUUCCCUGGCCCUGAGCUCACUCAGCUAGUGGUGCGUCCAUGUAUGUCCACAUGGUUUCCUGCACCAUCAGACUCCAGGCUGUGUACACAAGGAGCCACGUGAGAUUCCUCAGUAACCCCUAGACUGCUUCAGAAGAACCAGCUAGAGUGUGAGGAAUGACCAUAGCUGAAGAAAGCAGCUUCUGUCUGGUGGACGCACUCUCUGGGCUCUGAUGUCUGACCAGCACCCUCUGCACUGUUUUCUAUGUGACCGCUGUGACUGAAGCCUUUGGACAGUGCUGGGGGUUGGGGGAUUGUAAGCAAAUGGGAAGCAUUACACUUCUUUGCUCAAUCAUGUAUUUAUUCCUGAUUAAUGUAAACCUAAUAAAUAUUUAACCCUUGGAAUGGGGGAGCCUCUGGAUUGAGGCAAAUGGAAA